AUGUUUUGUGAAUGAUGCAGCUGGCCUCUGAUAACUCUUGGGGUCAGGCAUGUUCGUGCCUUUGUGAUCAGUGGCAUCUCAGCCGCGACUCUCGGCACAUUCUAGUGCAGCGUGUAUCUUCGAAGCAUUUACCCCAUCUUACUGUGAUUUAAUGGUGCAUUUAUUCAGCACGUUGAGGAUCAACGGCGACUGCAGGAGCCUGGACGGGACAGGCUUUAAGAUUGAAGCGCUCAAUAACUUCGCUUUGCUGUCCAGCGUAUUCUCCAAUCUGUGUAAAGCCUGUCAAGAGAAGGCCAUGGCGUCGAUCCCGCCGUCUGCGUUCUCGGCUGGGCGGAUCCGGGAGACCCAGCGCAACAUGAAGCUGUCCAACGUGAAGUCUGCCAAGGAUCCCAAUGCCAAGAUAUUCAACACUAACUUCAUGGAGCUAUCGCCACUGAAGUACAACAGCAAGCUGAUGAUGAGCAUCUGGGGCUUCUACAACCGGUAUUCGCCGCACAACGUGAAGAACGUCAAUGAUGUCAGUGUCUUCGAGGGGGAGUUGCAGCAAUCUGCUGCAAACUCCUCUAACAAGACCGAGCCCAUCAUCACGAUGCCAUCUGCUAAACUGGACAACGUGUGGGCCGCCAUCAACGUCUCUCAAUCUCACUAGGCGUUAUUAUGUGUAAUGUGUAUAGGUAAUACAAAUACUAACCUAAC